CCCAAAAGACCGCGGACACCUAACAACAGUGCUCCGUGAAAAAGCCAAAGAGAAAGAAGCAUCAGACAACAUGUCUUCAUCCGAGCAGACCUUCAUCGCUGUCAAGCCAGACGGUGUCCAGCGUGGCCUCGUUGGCGACAUCAUCUCCCGCUUCGAGAAGCGUGGCUACAAGCUUGUCGCCAUCAAGCUCGUCACUGCCUCUAAGGAGCACCUCGAGAAGCACUAUGAGGACUUGAGCUCCAAGCCAUUCUUCAAGGGCCUUGUUGCCUACAUGGGCAGCGGCCCCAUCUGCGCCAUGGUCUGGGAGGGCCGUGACGCUGUCAAGACUGGCCGUGUUCUCCUCGGCGCUACCAACCCACUUGCCUCGUCGCCAGGUACCAUCCGUGGUGACUACGCCAUUGACGUCGGUCGCAACGUCUGCCACGGUUCCGAUGCCGUCGAGUCCGCCCAGAAGGAGAUUGCCCUGUGGUUCGAUAAGAGCGAGAUCCAGAGCUGGAAGUCUGCCAACCACGAGUGGGUCUACGAGAAAUAGAUGCAGAAUCAUAUUGACAAGUAACGUGACAAACGAGCACAUGCUGGCACGGUACAGCGAUGGAUAGAAAAAAAAGAGGACAAGGCACACACGCUUCGCAGCAUUCGAGACGGCAGAUGGACAUGCUUGCUCAAUUCUGUCUACCUCUAGAGCACGGCAUGUAACGUCAAAAAUGCGACACGUUGAUAAGCCAGCCACCCGCUUUGGGUAUGCACACCAAUAUCAAUUCAUCACCUCCAGUCCGG